AAAAAGAAGAAGACGGUUCGUGCAUGCAUCCACUGCCAGAAAUCGCACCUCACAUGCGACGACCACCGCCCGUGCGGACGAUGCGUGAAGAAGGGUCUCGAGGCGACGUGCGAGGACGGCGUGCGGAAGAAGGCCAAGUACCUGCUGGAGGCGGAAGAGCUCGCCGAGAUCAGCAAGAAGGACAGCGCAGACGCCCCAUCCACAGACGGCUCCACCGACAUGUCCUCAGGCGUGUCUGGCACCCUGCUGCCUGGGAACCCAGCGAUGCAGCAGGCAGGCCCUACGUCGGGAGCUGGCACAAUUUCGAUUCCCAGCGCGCUCUGGGCACCGCCACUUCAGCAGCAGCCGGCGAUGAGCAUUGGGCGGCAGCAAGACAUGCAGGCGGGCAAUCCGCUGGACUCUAUCGUCCAACCACAGCAGCAGAACACCUGGGACCCGCAGCGGCAACAGUCGAUGCUCAGCGACGCACAGCAGACGCUGACAUCCACUAUCAUCAAGAACUCGCCGCCGCCCACCAUGCAUGCACCGGCAUCUGAAGACGGCCGCCCGCUGAGCCGCCUGUCCACCUCGGGCCCCGCCGUGCAUGGCCUGAACCCCGUCUACCCGCAGAGCCCAGCCGAGGUGUACUCGUCGGUGACUGAGCCCUACAAGUACUUUAACGGCUUCCACUAUUUCUUUAGACACAUCCAAGGGCGCAUGGACAAGCGCGACAUUAUACGUGUCAGCAGCGCCAUUGCGCACUUCCGCCCGUCCCUGGUCGCCCUGCUGCGGAACCUGACCCGCGACGACUUGAUCUUCAUGGAAAAGUCGUUCCAGCGCGCGCUGAUGGAGUACGAGAAACUCAUCGGCUUCACAGGCACGCCCACGGUGGUGUGGCGGCGCUCGGGCGAGAUUGCGCUGGUCGGCAAGGAGUUCUCAAUCCUGACACAGUGGGACCGCGAGACGCUGACCGCCGGCAGCAAAUUCAUCUUCGAGCUGAUGGACACCGAGUCGGCGGUGCGGUACUGGGAGCAGUUUGCUGUCCACGCCUUUGAGAACUCGGAGCACUCGGUCAUGAGCGAGUGCUGCCUGGUUCGGCCCGACGGGACGCCGGUGCCGUGCGCCUUUGCGUUUACCAUCAAGCGCGAUCUGUUUGGCAUCCCAAUGGCCAUCAUUGGCAACUUCCUCCCGGUUCUCUGA